ACUAUUAGAACUAAAUAACUACAUAAAAUAAUAAUAAUAAUAAUAAUUAAAUUUAGUGUUUCCAAAUAUUACUACUAUUAAUAAAAUUAAUUUUGUUAAAUUUGAGUUGAGCAAGUAUUUGGCACACUUCCCAAACAAAAUAUAAACCUCAACAAAAAAUUUCUCCUGCAUCUUUUCAUCAGGGUGGCCUAGAGUAAAAUUCCUCGCGAGGAAACUGUGGGCGGGUGACCACCCAUAUUGAAAUUGCCAUUUGCUGCCUCAAUUGAAUUUGGAGUUGCUUUCUCUUGAAUUUCUGUCCUUCAUGGCUUCGCCGUCAGAUUCUGCUGAAUCGCAAGUUAUAAGGAGGAGGAAAGGACCUGCGUUUGAGUAUUUGGUUCCGCUUAUUUAUGCACCGGUCCUUCCCCUCAUUAGGAUAGCGCUGAGGCACAAGCCAGUUCUUAGGGAUCGCUUGUUCUAUGGCGUCUUGGCUGGUGCAUUCGCUCACGGGACUUAUUUAGUUACAGAUCUAUAUGAUGCUGAGAGCAAGUGAUGGAGAUAUCUGUUCUGCGGUUUUCGUGUCCUUCUGCAUCAAUUUUUUCUCCUCUGGUUAAACGUGAUGCAGCUACUUGAUAUUCCGAUGAAAUCUCUUAUACUAUAGUACUAUAUUUGCCUGAGACCAUGGCGCUAUUCUAAGAUCCCCGUUUUGGGAGAUCGAUCACCUGCUUAAUCAAUUCGGCCAACGUUGCAAGUA